AUGUCUCUAGUGAUCCCUGAGAAGUUCCAGCACAUUUUGCAAAUACUCAACACCAACAUCAAUGGGUGGCGGAAAAUAGCUUUUGCCAUCACGGCCAUUAAGGGUGUGGGUCAAAGAUAUGCUCAUGUGGUGUUGAGGAAAGCAGACAUUGACCUCACCAAGAGGGCAGGAGAAUUCACCGAGGAUGAAGUGGAAUGUAUGAUCACCAUUAUGCAGAAACCAUACCAGCACAAGAUCCCAGACUGGUUUUUGAACAGACAGGAUGUAAAGGAUGGAAAAUAUAGCCAGGUCCUGGCCAAUGGUCUGGACAACAAGCUCCAUGAAGACCUGGAGAAGCUAAAGAAGAUUCAGGCCCAUAGAGGGCUGCACCAUUUCUGGGGCCUUCAUGUCCAAGGCCAGCACACCAAGACCACUGGCUGCCGAGGCCAUACCAUGGGUGUGAAACUCUAUAGGCCUCGAUUUUCAGAGCUCACCUGCCUCGACCACUCAGGGUUCAGCUGCCUCAACCAAUGA